AUGUACGUUCCGGUCAUGACGUUAUGCGGCCACAAUUAUUGUUAUGAAUGCAUUUCUAAUUGGCUGGUGAGCAAUAAUGCUAACGAACUAACUUGUCCUCAAUGUCGAUCUCCCUUGGAACAGGCUCCAGCUGUCAAUUCCGCUUUGCAGGACCUGCUGAGCGCAGUCAUCGAUCGAGACAAAGAAGCAUAUUUUACCGUGGAUGCGGAGAGGACCGAAAGUUUACGACGGUACAAGGAUGAUUUGGAAACAGGCACACUGUAUAAGAACGCUUUCAAAAACACAGCAUGGGCGGUGGUAGAUGACGAUGAUGGUGUAGCACGUUGCAGUAGCUGCCACUGGGAGGUAGAAGGUGGCACAUGUCCACAUUGUGGUGCACGAUUAAGGAACAGACGGCGAGACUACGAAGAAUCUGAUGGCGAGAGUAUCCUCACGGAUGGUUCUGGAACACCAUUGCCUAGAGUCGCUUUCGAUAGACAAGCUGCGAUGGGCAUUCGUGGGACAUCGUACUCAGAAAGUUAUUCGGGCGAAUCUGUGGGCAAUGACAUGGAUAGUAUCGACAGCAAUGACAGUAGACUACCUUCGAGAGAUAGUCGAAUAAUCUUGAAUUAUUUGAAUGCUAAUGGCCUCGGACGCAUUCCUAACUCCGAUUCCGAACGCGAUUCGGAUCUGGACUCUUUUAUAGUGGAUGAAGCGGACGAAGCGGACGAAGACGAGGUGAGUCGAGAUGGUAGCGGCUCAUCAACGUCCUUGAGAGACGUAGACGGGACCGCUACGAGGCCUGUCAAACUCGACGAUAUCGACCACGACAGCGAACGCGACAGCGAACGCGACAGCGAUUUCUGGGAACAUAACGAGGAGAACGGACAUGUGAGUGGUGACAGUCUUGAAUCUCUUAACGACAACAGAAAUUCCAAUAGAAAAGUGAAAAAACGCAGGUUUCAGGUGAUCGAAGAUAGCGAUGAGGACUGA